UCUCAGAUACACUGUACAGCUUGAAACUAGAGCACAGAGUCUGUCAGGUACAAUCCCAGAAACUGUUAUUGACAAUUGUGAUGUCUAAUGAAAUCUAUGCCAACGUAGAGUUUGAUAAUGACAAUGUUGAGGAUAUUUAUACCAAUAAAGAGACCAUCAAUUCUCAUGACUCCAGAAGCAAGACAAAGGACGUCUCCACAAAGAGUAGACCACAGGCUACAAACCAAGGUACAGAGAGCUCAGAGAGGAGAUCCACCAGAGAUGCUGCAAUGUGUCUGGGGCUGCUGUGUGUUCUCCUACUGGCUGGGAUCAUAGGCCUGUUUGUAUAUUAUAAUGGAGAGAUGGGCAGUUUUGAAGAGAACAUCUUAGUUUAUAAAACCAACUGCUCAGCUGAACAAGACCAAUUGCAGACCAAGUACAAUACCAUGACUAAAGAUAGGGACCAGCUCCAGGUUGAAAGAGACAAUCUUCAAGAAAAGUUAUCUGUGGUAGAACAACACACACAACAGGGAUGGAGCUAUUACAAGUCCACUUUUUACUUUACCUCUACUGAGAAGAAAACCUGGGAGGGGAGCCGAGAGGACUGUCAGGGAAGAGAAGCAGAUCUGGUGGUAAUAAACAGCAGAGAGGAAUAUGUAUUUAUCCAUGGAUUGAACAACAAGACGUUCUGGAUUGGUCUGACUGACCGAGUUGAAGAGGGGAUCUGGAAGUGGGUGGACAGGACACCACUGACCACAGCGUACUGGGGCAGAGAACAGCCUAAUAAUCAGAACGGAAUGGAGGAGGAUUGUGCUGCGCGAUGGUCCGAUCUUUCUACCACAGACAACGGCUGGCAUGAUGCACCUUGCAACGAAUUGCACUUUUGGAUAUGUGAGAAAAUUGCCUUCCUGUAACUGAACUAUAACUAAAAUAAGCCAAAAGGAAAGUUAUGGCUCUGUCACAUUGAUUUCCAUUACAAAAUACCAGUGCUUAUGUUUUCGCAUUAAUCAACAUUUAAAGUUGUUUAAAGAUUUAAAGUUUUAUGUAUUUGGUUUUAUUGUAUUGGAUCUCUUGGAGAGACAUCUUAAUAAUUUUAUUCUUUCAAUUAAAAAAUAUACAAA